CAUCAUAUAUCAAUACCAGACUCCAUUGACAAAAACAGGAAUUUUACUGAGCAGAACAUGGAGAGUUGCUGGAAUACCACUGCCUCCAUCUGUUAGUUUGUUUGUGUUAUCGUGUGACUUUCAGUGGUGGAAGAAGCAUUCAGAUCCUUUAUUUAAAUAAAAGUACAACUCAAUAACACAAACAAACUAACAGAUGGAGGCAGUGGUAUUCCAGCAACUCUCCAUGUUCUGCUCAGUAAAAUUCCUGUUUUUGUCAAUGGAGUCUGGUAGUGAUAAAAUUUCUUUCUAGUGAUAAAAUUUCUGCUUUAACAAAAACGAUCUUACUCUUAAAUAAAAAGCUCAAUUUCUGUAACCACAAAGAGUCUUUUAUCAUAAUAUUUGCUAAGCUAAAUGUUAGCAUAUUAACGAAUAUUUACCACAUUCACGCAUCACAAAGAGUAGAGAUGAUGAUAGGAAAUCAUUGUUUAGACAUAUCCUUUAAAGCAACAGUCAGUAAAAAUUAGAGGUCAGAGUUACAACCUCAGUUUUUAACUGAUCCACAGGUGAACACACCUGAGGUUGUUCGUUUAUCAGGUCCUGUUCUGGUUUUAAUGUUGGCAGAUGAAUCGGUCAUUUCCGCUGCACAUCACCAUCACGUUGGCAUAAAAUGUCUUUAACAGAAAACGUGAGCUCUUCACAGAAACGUCUGACCAGUCAGCAACACCUCGAGCUGUGGUUUCCGUGAGGACCAGUCUGAACCUCCACCCCCCACCUCCCCACCCAACAGAGCCGUCACAUAAUACUGAUCAUAGGAGGAUUAAAAAAGAGUUUAAGUGUCUGUGUUUGCACUUCUUCCACAGCUGCAAGAUAAAAUCUGAAACACUUACAACACAGAGUGUCUCAGAGCUCGGUUUCAGGACCCCACUUGUCAAAGUUAGUACCCUUCAUCACCUCUGAGCAGAGGACAGAGUUUACUGCAGACACGUAGAGAACAGACAGUGUCUUUUCACUGUUCACACUGUGCACAGAGCCGGGUUAACCACAUGCAGAGCUGUGGGGAGGUACGAGGAGGGUGCAGCCAUGAGAGAUCAGCUGAACACUGUCACAAGAAAACUGAAAGUGCAUUAAAUGCCAGCAUGGGCAGGAUGCAGAAGGAGGCAAACGUGGCUGCCGCUACCUGAAAUUGGACAAAUAUUCUGCACAUAAACGCCACAAAACUUCUUCAGGAUGUCCGUCUGAGGAGUGUGUAAGCUUCCUAUUUUAGCUCUGCUGGUAUUUUUGACCUCUUAAGCAACUUUUUUUUUUUUGUUGCACUGCAUAGAAAGGAAGAGCUUAAGACAUGAAGAUUGCAACAUGUGGAGGCAUUUGUUAACAGAGUAGACAAGAGAGGACACGUGAGCUAACAGAAGAAGAAGGCCGACACAUACGGUUCUACAUGCACAUGAACGUGUCCUCAUGUCUGCGCCCAGGGCAGUUCACAGUCAAGUCAAUGGGACGACGGCCAUCCCCUGGAGGAGCAGCAGGAAGAGACUGUCCCUGCUGGAGCAGCUGAGGGGGUGUCAGGAUGCCUGGUGCCCCGGGGAACCCUGGGAUAGGGAGCGGGCCCACGCUGCCAUCUGUGGGACACCAGCUGGGAGUUUCCUGGUUGUGAAGGACUGUGCGACGGCUCAGCCCAGCCUGCUGUGUGUGUCCGCCGGUGGAGAGAAUGAAGCCAUUCUUGAUUAUAAUAUCAAAAGCACAGGCACAGUGUUCCAGCUGUCUGACUCUCGUCUUUCCUUCUCUGACUUGGCUCAGCUCGUGCUCUUCUACUCUCUGACAAGGGAUGUGUUGGCUGUGUGUCUGUCGAUUCCUCGGUGGAUCUACAGUGUGACCGACAAGAACAAAGAUCGACUCUCUCAGCUCGAACCCAAAACUUGGCUCUGCCCACCACCUGAUCAACACACUGAUGAAAUGACCCAAAGGGAGCUAAGCAACGUUAUGUGCUCUAUACAGCUGACCUCCACCAACGGGGCCCUGUGCAUCAUUAAUCCACUCUACCUUCGUGAGCAUGGAGAUGAUUGGCUGACCCACAGGGCGAGUACGGUACAGUGCGCCACACAGUCGUCAACCUACAGGCGAGAGCGACGCCUCAGCACCACCCGAGCAUGGACAGGGGCGGGGUUACAGAGUAAACGGGCCAUCUCAUUGGAUCAGGAACCCACAGCUGCCAGUGUGGAGAUUUCAGGUCUAACCAGAGCCAAGUCAGCUGAUUCACCACACUGCUCUGCAACCCCAUCAACACCAGACGUCCCAGAAGGGGUGGUCCUCAGGAGGCCCAGCCGAGACGCUGCCUGCAGCCCCCCCCAUAGAGCGAGCACAGGGAGCCUGCCUCCAACUACCCCCACCACCCCUCCACACAGAGCGAGCCUGCCUCUGUAUUCUCCCUCCACCCCUGGAAGUUUAAACUGUGGGGCGUCCGAGCUGCAGCAGCACGGCAGCCCCGUGCCUCAGUCUCCUCACAGGGUGUCCUGGAUCGAAGAUGGAGUCUGGCUGCCUCCUCCUAGGCCCUCCUCCCUCCUCCAGCCGCCGUCCCUCGAACUCGACUCGCUGUCCAUCAGCAGCAUAGAGGAGGAGCAGGAGUUCCAGAUCCCGAGCCCCACGCCCCACCACCCGUCGGCUCACCGCUUGGCCGACAAGGUCAUCCACCGGCUCUCGGCGGUGGGGCAGGCGCUCGGCGGGCUGGUGAGUCAGAAGAAGAGACUGACCAAUCGCGUACAGGAGAUGAGCGAGCGGAAGGGUGGCGCGUUCACGGAGGCCGUGAAGGGAUUCGUGGAGACGACGCUGAAGAGAGGGGCGGAUCCCGACGGGGUUACGGGGUCGGAGUACUUACAGGAAGUGAGGUCAUCGCUUACUUCACUGAGGGAGUCGCUGCUGGACUCCCCAGAGAUCCAGGUGUUGUUGGACAGCAUCACUGACCUGACUGACCCAGAGAUAGACUCCCUGGUGGAGCUCUCCCUCCACAAGGUGGCGCUGAAGCCCGUCUCCGCCCACCUCUACUCCUGCAUCCGCACCUCGCGCACCAACGACGGCACCUUCGAGCGUCUCCAGAGCAACCUGCGCCUGCUGGAGACGAACGGGGUGGACGAGCUGGGGGGAUCGGCAGGAGUCGGAGUUCCCGACUCCGUCAACCUGGAGCGGAUCCAGCAGAAGUGGGCUGACAUGCAUGAGGCCUACUCCCCGAACAAGAAGGUCCAGAUCCUGCUCAAAGUCUGCAAGGGCAUCUAUCACAGCAUGAGUGCUAAUGCUAACUCAGGUACAGUAUUCGGAGCAGAUGAUUUUCUGCCCUGUCUGACGUGGGUGCUGCUCCGAAGUGACCUGGUCACCUUACAGCUGGACACAGACUACAUGAUGGAGCUGCUGGACCCCACACAGCUACAGGGGGAGGGUGGCUACUACCUUACAACUCUAUACGCCUCUCUCUACUACAUCAGCAGUUUCCGUCCACGACUGGCGGCUCGUCAGCUCAGCGUGGAAGCCCAACACUCUCUCAACCAAUGGCAUCGCAGGCGCACCCUGCACUGCAACCAAUCCCGUCGCAGCAAGCACCGACGGACCAUUCGCAGGCAGCCGUGUCGGGACAGGGGGUCACAGAACUCUGACACAGGAGACCAGGAGGAAAAAAGAUGAUUGUGUUAAUACUGAUGAGUCGCAGCAGCAGCAGGAGACGGAAAGCAGCACAGAUGCUCUGCAGCCAAUGACAGAGGAGACAGGAGGAUGUGAGGACCAAUCAGACACAUCUGCUCUGAUAUCAGACUGUCAACAGGAAGAGGUAAUAAUGAGCAAACAGGAAAACAGACAGACUCUAUGUACAGCAGAAGAAGAGGACCAAAAGGGAAUGUAAUGGAGAGAGAGGAAUCAAAUUCCUCUUCUAAAGGUCAAACAAAGCUUUUCAUUAGUGUUUAUGAACACACUGGUGUCAGGGAAUUAUGAAAACAUCACCUGAAGAGGUCUGAAGAUAAAUCUGAAAGGUCACAAGAUGAUUAAAGGGAUAAAGAGAUAUUUUCUCUUAUGACCAUUCUUGAAUUUUAGUUUUUUUCUGUGUCUAAAAACCUUUCAAGUUAAAUAUUCAGGGAAGCAGAUGUCACUCUGUAGUUACACUGGCCUGAAUGAGUCUGAAUUUAAGAGAAUACUUUAUUUUUUACUCUAUUUGUGGAGUAGGUUGAAUGUUCCCCCUCAGCUAAUACUUGAGUUAUUUAUAUGUAAUAAUUGAUCACAUUGUUGUAUUAAAUAGAUUUCAUGUUUGGAGGCUGUAAAAUUUGGUAAUGUGCAAAAAUGAAUUGGAAUUCUUUUAUAUGCAUAGUUUUAAAUGUGUAAAUAUAUGAAUAUGAAAAUAAUAAUUUGCAGAGUAAAGUAAUAAAAUAAAAAGACUGUUUUUGUUGUAA